AUGAGGUGCCUCGUGGUGCUCCUUGCAGUCCUUGCUCUCUCCCAGGGCAGCAAUGUUACCAGGAUCCCUCUGCACAAAGGGAAAUCACUGAGGAGCACCCUGCAGGAUCUUGGGCUCCUGGAGGACUUUCUGAAGAAACACCAGUAUGAGUUCAUCAGGAAGAACUCCAACGUUGGGAAAGUGGCCCAGGAACCACUGGCCAACUACCUAGAUAGUCAGUACUUUGGAAAGAUCUAUAUUGGGACCCCACCCCAGGAGUUCACCGUGGUGUUUGACACGGGCUCUUCAGACUUCUGGGUGCCCUCCCUCUCCUGCAACAGUGAAGCCUGCGAAAACCAUCACCGCUUUGACCCGACCGAGUCCUCUACCUUCCAGAACCUCAGCAAGCCCCUGUUGGUCCUGUAUGCCACGGGCAUCGUGCUGGGCUUUCUGGGCUACGACACUGUCACUGUCUCCGACCUUGUGGACCCCCAUCAGACGGUGGGCCUGAGCACUCAGGAGCCUGGUGACAUCUUUACCUACUCUGAAUUCGAUGGGAUUCUGGGGAUGGCCUAUCCUGCCCUUGCCUCUGAGGGCUCGGUGCCCGUGUUUGAUAACAUGAUGAACAGGCACCUGCUGGCCCAAGACUUGUUCUCAGUUUACAUGAGCAGGAAUGGCCAGGGGAGCAUGCUUACGCUGGGGGCCAUAGACACAUCCUACUACGUGGGCUCCCUGGACUGGGUGCCCGUGACCCUGCAGCAGUACUGGCAGUUUGCUGUGGACAGGAUCACCAUCAGUGAUGUGGUGGUGGCCUGUGAUGGUGGCUGCCAGGCCAUUCUGGACACGGGCACGUCCCUGCUGGCCGGGCCUACCCACGACAUCCUCAAGAUCCAGCAGGCCAUCGGAGCCACACUUGGCCAGUACGGCCAGUUUAACAUCAACUGCUGGAGCCUGAGUGGCAUGCCCACUGUUGUCUUUGAGAUCCACGGAAGAAAGUAUUCAUUGCCGCCCUUAGCGUAUACCAUCCAGGGCCAGGACUUCUGCUACAGUGGCUUCCAGGAGAACAGUAACUCCCCGCUGUGGGUCCUGGGGACCAUCUUCGUCCGGGAGUAUUACAGUGUCUUUGACAGAACCCAUAACCGUGUGGGGCUGGCCAAGGCUGUCUGA